AACUAUUACCUUAAAAAUGGGAGAUCCGGAACCUGAGUCUAUUGGAGACAUUCAGAAUUAUUUAGAGCACUUCAACCCGAAGGAGGUAGGCGGGGUGGUCAUCUCCAAGACGGAGGUCAUGGACGCCACAAGUUCGGUCAACCUGGGGUCAGUAGAUGCUACCGGGACGGGUCAAUACUUUGUGGAUCAGACCACAGGCCAGUAUUAUUACCAAUCGGCGGCCGACGAACCCUUUACUAUGGUCCAAACUGAUGAAGCCAUGGAAGACUCUCCUCCGACAAUUGACAGAGCUGAAGCUGCAUCUCCGCCCUCUAUUGUCCAAGAAGGAUUAACCUCCAACCAGGUUGUUUUAAACGACGGAGAUAAUCAGUUUCAAACAGUCACCAUCGUUCCAAACAAUUCUUCAAGUGGUGAGGUUAGCUAUGUCUUGAUAGUGCAACCGAACCAGAAGAAAGAGGACGGGGAGGCCGAGGCUGUUUAUGAUUUUGAUACAGAGGAUCCAGCUGAGCUUGAGGAAGAUCUAAGCCUGGAGGCAAAGGAAAGGAAACCAGCCUUCAGAAGACCACCUCCUGUUCAAGCUUUGUCGUGCUCGUACUGUAACUACACUACUUCAAAACGAUAUUUGUUAAGUCGGCACCUAAAGUGUCACAGUGACGAGAGGCCACACAAGUGUUCAGUUUGUGAACGAGGAUUUAAAACUCUCGCCUCUCUUCAGAACCAUGUUAACACCCAUACAGGAACUAAACCUCACAGAUGUAAGUUUUGUCAAGCAACAUUCACCACUAGUGGAGAACUAGUCCGCCAUGUUCGAUAUAAGCAUACACACGAAAAACCUCACAGGUGUACGGAAUGUGAAUAUGAAUGUGUUGAGUAUAGUAAACUGAAGAGACACAUGAGAUGUCACACGGGUGAACGUCCCUAUCAAUGUCCCAACUGCACCUAUGCAAGUCCUGACACAUUUAAACUUAAGAGACAUCUAAGGAUACAUACAGGUGAGAAACCGUAUGAAUGUGAUAUCUGCCAUGCCAAGUUUACUCAAAGUAACAGCUUAAAAGCCCACAAAGCCAUUCACACAGGUGAGAAGCCAGUAUACCAGUGUGAACUAUGUCCUACAACCUGUGGACGGAAAACUGAUCUACGGCUUCAUGUUCAAAAACUGCACACCAGCGAGAAACCUAUGCAGUGCAAAAAUUGUGAUAAGUCUUUUCCUGACAGGUACACCUUGAAGGUGCACAAGAAAUCCCACGAGGGAGAAAAAUGCUUUAAAUGUGAUCUUUGUCCUUACUCAUCGAUUUCGCAGCGCCAUCUUGAAUCGCAUAUGUUGAUUCACACAGACCAGAAACCAUAUCGUUGUGAUCAAUGUGAUCAGAGUUUUAGACAAAAACAGCUUCUGAAGAGACACCAGAACCUCUACCAUAAUCCAGCAUACAUACCACCACUACCAAGGGAAAAAACACAUGAAUGUAUUGAAUGCAACAGAGUUUUCAGGCAUAAAGGAAACUUAAUGCGGCAUAUGGCGCUUCAUGACCCUGAAAGUUCUGUACAAGAGAAAGCAUUGGCGUUGAAGUUUGGUCGACAGAAGAAAUAUCAGAUGAUAGACGGACAACAGGUUGAAGUGAUGGCGAAUGAUAACGGAAGUGAUGAGGAAGAUGAAGAAGAAGAAGGGGAGGAGGAGGAUGAAUCAGGAAUGACGGUCGAAGGACCAGACGGUCAGUACUAUGUUGUCCUUGACGUAACCCAGCUGGAGGUCCAGGCCCAGGAUGAUGUCCGGAGUGUCCAGGUGGUCCAGGACAACCAGGUUCAACAGGUUCUUAUCCAGGAAACACAGAUACUUAGUGAUAGCGGAGACGGGAAUAAACGAAUAGUUCUUUCGCCGAUUCUUGAAGAUACUCUCGAGGAAUCCUUGAUGCCACAGGAUGAAAUAAGAAUAAAGAAGCAAGAACGAGAAUCCUGUUUCGGCUUCGAUGAGGACGAUGAGGAUGAUUGAGCAUGAUCCUAAACCAGACCUGAUGCAACCAGAAACAGUAUUAAAGUUCUUUAUCUAAGAGAGGGAUAGUGGUUUAUGUUAACAGGAUGUAAUUGUAAACACAAUUUAUCCAGAAUUCGUUUAUUUCUAUUUAGAUCUGGAUCGAAUGUUUUCUUGAUUUUAAAAAAAUCUUACAUCUUUUUAAGAUAUUCACAAAUUGUUGUUUUCUUCCACAUAAAAAUAAUUUCAGACAAAUUUGUCGUAUAUUUUUAAAAAUUCUAUUUCUAAUUGGUCGCUUUACAAUAAAAUCCCAACCGUGACCUUUCAUUGUGAUCUUCUUCUGACCAAUUAUAUAAUUGUUAUCCAAGGCUGUUUAAUUAUAAAUAUAAUUAUUCGAUUAAAAAUAUAAUCAAAAUGUUAUUUUCUUCAGUACCAAAAUUGUUAAACAAUGUAUAAUAAAUGAAUUAAUGGACUAA